AUGAAGGUUGCCGUGAUUGGAUCUGGGUGUAGCGGACUUGCCGCAACUUGGGCUCUCAACGAGUACAGUGGCCACCAGGUGGACCUGUACGAAGCCGACGCCACGCCGGGUGGACAUGCCCACUCAGUGAAGUUUAUCAACCCACAGAAUGGCAAAGAGGUGAUGGUAGAUACUGCGUUUAUGGUCUUCACCCCGUCGGCUUAUCCAAACUUUACUCGUCUUCUGAGACUGCUCAAUGUCAAUGUGCUGGACACGUCGAUGAGCUGGUCUGUCACACGGAAUGAGGGCGAGUUUGAAUGGGCGUCCCAUAGCGUCUUCACGCUGUUCAGCCAGUCUGCAAAUUUAUUCAACUCGCGGCUGUGGAGGAUGCUUUGGGACAUUAUGCGUUUCAACGCUUCAGCCCGUCGAUUCAUUGCGACCUGUGAGACGUCCGACACGGUCAAUAACAUGUCGAUAGGCGACUAUCUCAACCUACAUGGCUAUUCGGACACGUUUCGUGACGACUAUCUAUUGCCCUUGACUGCUGCAAUCUGGUCGACAUCCCCAAAUGUUUGUGCCAAUGACUAUACUAUGCAGUCUGUACUUCGGUACCUGCAUAAUCAUCACAUGCUGCAGAUAUUCGGCAAGCCGGUGUGGCGGACCAUCGCCGGAGGAAGGCAUGUCCAUCAUUACGUACACCAGAUAACAUCCAACCUUCCUCCCGACGCCCUCAAACUCGCAACUCGUGUAUCGUCUGUCGCACCAACAAUCAAAGAUGGAAAGCAAGCUCUCACAGUGACGACCGAAUCUGGAGUGUCAAAAGUGUACGAUCAUGUUAUCAUGGCAUGUCAGUCAUACGCCUCGCGCGACAUCCUCAAGAAAGGGGGCUUUAUCACACCAGAAGAGGAGAGAAUUCUCGGUGGCUUCAGUUGGACAAAGAAUGAGGCGGUCCUGCAUGCUGACGAGUCUGCCCUUGCGUUGCAAAAGGACAUGCCGUCCAUCCAGAACAAGAGAGGAAUCUCGUUUGCGGGUGCAUGGAUGGGGUUUGCCUUUCAUGAAGACGGCAUUACAGCCGGACUUGAAGCUGCAACGGCAUUGGGCGUGCGCCUGCCGUUUGAGCUCUCGUACCCCGAUCGACGAGUGAAGCUUGCCUGGCUCGCAGAAGUCUUUGAUGUUCUCGAAUUCAUUCGGCGCCUUCUCUCAGUAAUGUGUUGUGCCCUUUACUCGGGCUUCUGGAGCAUUGACCCGGUGGUCGUAAUGGUUCCCCAGAGCAAAGCUGCUUAA